UUUUGAUAACUCCUUAAUAUCUCUUAUAGUUAUAUUGUCAAUUAGUAAGACACAUACAAAACCAAUUAUAUACAACAAAAGUAGGAACAACAGCACUCCGAUUAUAAUUUUCAUACAAAGUUUCCAGUUGCAACCUCUACGGCCGCCACUUCUACUGCUGUGGUGGCUGCCGGUACCAUCGCUGGCGCUGUCGUUGCCACCGCGUGUUUUAGAUUUAAAUAAUGUUCUUUUACUUUCAGGAACCUUAUCACAGUCUGGAAAACGUGUACAUGACAUCUUGAUUCAAUCAAGACACCUAAUUAAUAAUAUAAUAAUGGAUACAAAGUUUAAAUGUUUUGUACUGUUAUUGUAUUUAUAUUGAAUGUCAAAGGAGAAUGCCAAAAUACGGCUUGUCACGAAGCUUGUCACCGACAAUGAAUUCAUUAUAAUACCUAUUUAUAUUUUAUUAUACAGUAAGUAUUAUCUUCCUAAAUUGAACCUUAUUAAUAACUAUGGAGUAACCUCGGAUUUACAAUACAUUCUUUACUCUGAACUUAUUAUUAUAUAUAUAACUUAUUAUAUUCUUUGUUCUGGCAACACACUUAUUUUAAAAGUAAAAAGAAGAACUAUUGAAUGUAAUCGAAAAAGAAAUAAAUGACAGAACUAUCAACCUGACAUAAGCGUGUCAUCACAAGACGCUGUUUGAUAAUACUAAUUUUUAUAAUAUUAUUCAAUAUUCAAAAUGAUCCAAAAACGCGUUCGCCCCAUAAACUGGGUCGAAGAAUAAAAGCAGUUAUUUCGUGUCUUUUACAAAGAACAUGCGCAAGUUAUUGAAAAUAAAUCGCUAGAUACCAACACGAACAGGACAAAAGCAUGGGAGCAAGUUCACACAACGUGGCCAAACGAAAAAUAAAUUUAAAUAAUGUCAUGUCGGCGCACCUCGUCGAGCAACUACGACGGCCACCGAAGGGAGUGCUGCGGAGGCCGGGGGGAAGGCCCCGGCUGGCGAGCCCGCGGCCGCCCUCACCGCGCACUUCACUCAUCACUUCACUCAUCUCAUCACUUCACUCAUCACCGCGCUUGAAUACGGGCACUUACUUGUCUUCUUGUUUUAUUCGACCAUUUAAAUUAAUGUAAUUCUUAACGGCAUUAAAGCCUAUGUUUAUAAAUACAGUCCACAAGUUUUAUUUAUAAGGUCCCGUUAGGGCUCCUACAGUUUGGUCCUUCGAUCGUCCAAAUUAACGCCAGUCGUGUCGUUAAAAUUCGUCGAUUUCGCAUCGUCAUUUUCAACGGUCAACGGUCAUCGCCGAUGCCGCGUGGAACUUCACCGUGGCCACCGAAAACCGAACAUUGAAGACAAAGGAGUCGUCCCCGUGCAGCGUACUUGUCCUUGGAAGGAGCUGAAGUCAUUUUCUGGGAGUAUAACUACUUAUUUGAGUGAGACGUUCCAAUAAGUUACUUUUUCCCAAUUUUUCUUAGUGAAUAAUCGUUUUUUUUUUUCACUUAUUUCAUUGAGCAAGUACAUUUCUCCCUUCACUAGUUAUUUCUUGCUAAUAGUGCUUUAACGUAGUGUUUUAUUUCAACACUUCUUCAUUAUUCCGUAAUUUGUAGUAACAUAAUUGCGCGCACGCAAAUCACCGUUACACAGGUGUUAACGCGACCUUGAUCGAUCUCUGCAUUAGAACCGGUCCCUUUUGUUUGCGCACAGCUGCUUUGCCAUUUUUUCAAUAAGAAGCUCAUUAUUACUAUCUAUCGCCUUACUGCAAAACAUGUGUGAUUUUUUCUUUGUUAAUUGCACUUCAAAAUGGCGGACACUUUAAAGACUUUGCUUAGGAAACGUAGUUCGCUAAAAUCAAAGCUUACAAUUUACAGUAACUAUCUAAGUUUAAUUAAAAGUAGUGCACAGAUAUCUGGGUUGCAACGAUUGGACCUGCAGGAACGUUUUAAUAAGUUCGAUUCCUUACAUAGCCAAUUUGAUGAAUUGCAGACAGAAAUCGAAUUGCUUGCCGACGAUGCUGAGACUGCUUUCGUGGAACGUGAGGACUUCGACCGCCAGUUCUUCAAUGUGGUGGCACUCACGCGCAGCCUGCUCGGUUCUUCGGUCAACGGUGCUGGUUCUGAGGCGGGCUUCAAAGAUGCUGACUCAGGUGCACAUGUUUCUAAUAGCUUUGUUCGUUUGCCAAAGAUUGAUUUGCCUCAUUUUGAUGGGAACUACCAAUGCUGGCUCGAGUUCCGUGACACGUUUACGUCAUUAAUUCACGAUAACGCUAGUAUAAAUAACAUCAAUAAAUUUCAUUAUUUGCGUGCUUCGUUACAGGGCACUGCAGCCUCUUUAAUCAAAAAUAUUGAAUUUAGAAGUGAUCAUUAUAUGAUUGCUUGGGACUUGUUGUGCGAGCGGUACAACAAUGAGUACCUGCUUGUGGCUAAUCAUUUGCAAGCUUUAUUUUUCGAUGUCAAGUCCAUAAUUAAGGAAUCUAGUGUCUCGAUUAGAAGUCUUGUUGAUGUUAUUAAUAAAAAUAUUCGGGCACUAGCAAAUUUAAAAAGGCCCACUCAGCAUUGGGAUGACAUCAUAAUUUUUGUAAUGGUUAAAAAGCUAGAUUUAAUUACAAGUCGUGAAUGGGAGGAAUACAGGAAUAACAAUAUAGAAGGUUAUCCAACAAUUACUCAAUUUUGUUCUUUUCUAAACAGGAAAGCAGACUGGUUGGAAUCUGUGGAAUGUAACGUAAUUAAUAAUAUUCAGGAUAGUAAUAUUGUUGCCUUGAAUAGUAAUAUUAAAUUAAAUAAAAAUAAUUCUUCUAAGCCUCAAAAUUUUAAUCAAAUUAAUAAAAAUAGUAAAUGUCCACUUUGCUCCCAAGUACAUACUUUGUAUAAAUGUGAAUCUUUUAGAAAGUUAUCUAUAGAAAAUCGCAUACAAAAGGCAAAAGACUUAACUGUUUGUCUUAACUGCUUACGCAUUGGGCAUUCUGCUAAGCAUUGUAAAUUUUCAAAUUGCAGAUAUUGCAAACUUAAGCACAAUACGCUUUUGCAUUUAGAAUCUAGCGAACCCAAACCACUUUGCCUUCUGCACUGCUUUCUGCAUCGCCAUCCACUUCAGAUGUUGCGCUUUCAGCAAAUUCUAUGCAGCUUGCUACCUCUUCGCAUGUUUUCCUGUCCACAGCUUUGGUGAACGUGACCAGUGCGACGGGUAAGAAGUACACUGCGCGCCUACUGCUGGACAACGGCAGUACGGCGAACUUUGUCACGCAGAGUUUAGCGGAGAAACUGGGUUUGUCACAACGCGGUAUGAGCACCAAGGUAACGGGUAUCAAUAAUCACGUAUCCACCAGUACACAGUCUUGUCACCUCUCAAUGGAGUCUUGAUGCUGUGCCUUCUCUGUAGAUAUUGAUUGCCACGUUCUACCUGAGAUCACAAAGGUCCUGCCGUCUUCAUUCGUGAACGUUAAACAUUUACCUCUACCUUCAGGCCUUACAUUGGCAGACCCGAACUUUAACGUUCCGUCGGCUGUCGAUAUCCUAGUAGGGGCUGAAGUAUUUUGGAAUGUCAUAGGGUCAAACACGAUAGACUUAGGAAAAAAUCUACCUAAAUUGUGCGAAACUAAAUUUGGAUGGCUUGUAUCUGGUAGUAUUUCGCAUCAAUCUAGUUAUCUUUCCUCUGCUUCUACUAAUUUUUGCCAUCAUUCCAGCGUCACUCCCGACUUAACUCAAUUUUGGGAGCUUGACCAUGUCUCAUCUAAACAUUCACUCUCUCUUGAAGAGAGAAUGUGUGAACAACAUUUUGCUGAAACCACCGUCCGUAAUAGUGAUGGCGCGUUUGUUGUUAAAAUGCCUUUGAAAGGAGAUCCAAGCUCUCUAGGACAUUCUUAUGUUAAUGCUAGGAAUCGUUUUCUAUCCCUAGAGCGGCGAUUUAAGCGUGAUCCUUCCUUCCAUAGUAAAUAUUGUGAUUUCUUGCGAGAGUACGAGCGCUUAGGUCAUAUGACACUAGACUCGGACUGUUCUCCUUCACCUGAAAACUCUAUGACAAAAUAUUUCAUUCCACAUCAUGGAGUCAUUAGGGAUUCUAGCACCACUACUCAACUACGCGUAAUCUUCGACGCAUCAGCCCCUACAAGUACGGGAGUGUCGCUCAACGACAUUCAGAUGGUCGGUCCGGUAGUACAAGACGAUCUAUUCUCUAUUUUGAUACGUUUUCGUCAGCACAGGUACGUGGUCUCAGGUGACGUGGAGAAGAUGUAUAGAGCUAUCCAGCUCAGUCCAGAUCAACGCUCUCUUCAAAAAAUCAUUUUUCGUUUUGAUCCAUCAGAACCUCUUAGAUCUUACACGUUAAAUACAGUGACCUACGGUACUGCGUCUGCUCCCUAUUUAGCCACUAAGUGUUUGGUAAGUUUGGCCGAUAACAUUGAGGAUAGUCGGGUAGAGUCCGCCAUACGGCGAGAUUUCUACAUCGACGAUUAUUUAAGUGGGGGGAGCACCAUAACUGAAACUGUAGAAAUAGCAAAAAAGGUAAAAUCGGUUCUAUCUUCGGCUAAAUUUAAUUUACGCAAGUGGCGAUCAAAUAAUAUAGAAAUUUUAAAACAAAUUAAUACAUAUAUAGUAACAGAUAAUGAUUCUAUUAAUACACUACAAUUUUCUGAGCAUGGUCUUAGUCCAGUUCAAUCUAAAACUCUAGGACUCAAUUGGGUUUGUGACUCUGAUUCACUCACACAAUAAAUAUAACGUAAUAAAGUCACUAAACGUCAUGUCCUCUCUGUUAUCAGUCAGAUUUUUGAGCCACUGGGCCUCGUAGGUCCAUGCGUUGUCGAAGCCAAAAUUCUUAUGCAGCGUCUUUGGCUGAAUAAAUACGACUGGGAUGACGCAGUAUCGCUCGAGGUGAGAGACGCUUGGUUUUUGUUUGAGAACACAAUAACGGCUUUAAAUUAUUUAAAGAUUCCUCGUUGGGUUUUGCAUGAAGACUCUAUUGCACACGAAGUACAUGUUUUUACUGACGCGUCCGAAAAGGCAUACGGCGCUUGUGUGUAUAUUCGGUCAUGUAAUAGUGUUGGAGCCACAGGUGUACAACUUCUAGUUUCUAGAAAUCGUGUAGCGCCCAUCAAACCUACUACCAUCCCGAGGCUUGAACUUUGUGGAGCCUUGUUAGGUGCAAGGCUGUGUACUAAGGUUCAGGAAUCUCUCACCAUUCCCAUUCACAAGUGUAGAUUCUGGUGUGACUCCACUAUAGUAUUGGGUUGGCUCUCUACUCCUUCUAACCAGUUAAAACCCUUUGUUAGAAACAGAGUUAAUGAAAUACAGGAGAGCACAUGUGGUCAUACCUGGAGCUACGUACCGUCGAAGGACAACCCGGCUGAUCUUGUUUCUCGUGGUCUACGUUGAUAUAGUAUAGUAACAUUGUUUUAUUCGACCAUUUAAAUUAAUGUAAUUCUUAACGGCAUUAAAGCCUAUGUUUAUAUAUA